AAAUGUGACAACACUUCCGCUAAACUUCCUCCGCUUUACUUUCAUUGUUGACAGUUUUUUAACUACUGAAAAAAAAUUCGUUAUAAAUCGGAUUAACAAAAGUCAUUACAUCUCUAAUGAUAUUCGUUCAUUUAUUAGACAAGUAGCCGCUGCGUCAGUUGUGUGGGGAAUACUUUCAUGUUUUCUUCACUGUUAGUGAGCUAAGCAGCUAGCCGUCUAGCUUGCUGUACAGCUGCUGUGUGUCUGGGAAUCUGCUCUGAAAGCCAAGAUUAUGUUUUUGUUAUGCUUUUACUUGUUUUGAAUAACCAGUGCAGCAUGGAGUCCGAAGGAAUCGUGAUUCGGAUAAAAACCCCGCUGGGAGACAUGGACUCAUCCGUGGACUGUCCUUCACAUCUCAACUUCAGCGAUCUGCUGGGCGCGAUCAAGGAUGUCAUGCCUGAAGCCACAGUCACCGCUUUUGAAUAUGAGGAUGAAGUUGGUGAUCGAAUCACAGUUCGCAGUGAUGAGGAGCUCAAAGCCAUGCUGUCAUAUUAUUGCAACACAGUGAUGGAGCAACGCAUCAAUGGACUGUUACCUGAGCCUUUACAGAUAUUUCCACGAGCCGGUAAGACCCCAGGGAUCCGCAAUAUACAUGGCCUGAAGGUGAACACGCGGCCCGAAUCCUCAUGUGGCAGGGGCUCCUCUGCGGCUGAUUCCCGGUCCAGUGAUAGCAGUUUAAAGAAAUCUUCUGCUGAGCUUAAGAAGAUUUUGACGAAUGGACAGAUAAAUGAACAUGACCUCCAGUACCAGGAGCAGCUUGGCCAUGGAAAUGGCGGAACAGUUUACAAAGCUUACCACUUGCUUGGGAAGAGAAUUGUAGCAGUGAAGGUUAUUCCUCUCGACAUCACCGUGGAGCUGCAGAAGCAGAUCAUGUCCGAGCUUGAGAUCCUUUAUAAGUGUGAUUCUCCAUACAUCAUAAAGUUCUACAGUGCUUUCUUUGUGGAGAACAGAAUAUCGAUAUGCACUGAGUUUAUGGAUGGUGGCUCUCUGGAUGUCUACUGGAGAAUCCCAGAGCAUGUCUUGGGCAGAAUUGCUGUUGCGGUGGUAAAAGGAUUAACGUACCUCUGGAGCUUAAAGAUUUUACACAGAGAUGUGAAACCCUCCAACAUGCUGGUUAACACACGGGGUCAGGUUAAACUGUGUGACUUUGGAGUCAGCACACAGUUGGUGAACUCCAUUGCUAAAACAUACGUUGGAACCAAUGCAUACAUGGCGCCUGAGCGAAUAUCAGGUGAACAGUAUGGUAUUCACUCAGACGUGUGGAGCGUUGGAAUCUCUUUCAUGGAGUUGGCGCUGGGCUCUUUUCCAUAUCCACAGAUUCAAAAGAACCAGGGCUCCUUAAUGCCUCUUCAGUUAUUGCAGUGCAUUGUUGAUGAGGAUCCUCCGGUGCUUCCAAUUGGUCAGUUCAGUGAGAAAUUUGUCCACUUCAUUACACAAUGUAUGAGGAAGCAACCCAAAGAAAGACCAGCUCCAAAUAAUCUUAUGGACCACUCUUUUAUCAUGCAAUAUAACGAUGGCAACACGGAGGUCGUGUCCAUGUGGGUGUGUCGUAGUCUAGAGGAUCGCAAAAGCCAGCAAGCACAGAGACUCAUGUGAACAGCAGCGGCACCGGAUGGAAUUCUGGGAUAAUAUGGUGUCCACAUUUCCUCACUUUACUCUUCCACUAAACCUAGAGAAGCAGCGGCUGAUCUUGCAGCACCUCCUCCCAAUAUUGAGUUAAAUGGUGCAUGGUGAGAGAACUGCUUCAAGAACAAUGCAGAUUAUGCUAGCAUCGUGCAAAUGAGGAUUUUAACCGUGUAUGUUGGUUUGCAUUGAUGCAAAUCUUUAACUUUAUUCUUCUGCCGUGGGUUUCUUUUCACUUUCUGUGCAGAUUCCAAAGUAAAUGUUUUCGCAGAAGAUCCUAGCGGGGGGCUGUUGCUUGCUUGACUCAGAUUUAGUUCCUGUGGGUUUGGAUUUGAGAGAAAAUACUGUCUCUGUACUUAAAGCAACAAUCUGGUUUUGCCAAAACAUUGUGGGUAUGUCAUAAAUCAUUUCAGUUUUUAAAUAUAUGGGCUUGUGUCGAGCAUUGCCCCCUGCUGCAGUGCAAGUCAUGCUGCUGUUGUUUUAAAAGCCACUUUUUGUUGAGUUUCAUAAAUGGCCUGCCACUUGUGGCAAUACACCAUUGAAGAUGGAAAAAUGUGAUGCCUUGUUGUGGUGGAAGGCUUGUGUAUGAUAUUUUAGAUAGUCCAGCAGCAGCCGACUGUAAUGAAACAUGAGAGGCCAGUUGUUUUGGUCAAGCAUAAACCCAAGGGGUUCAUGGGAAUGGGUUACUUUGAUUUGGGCAUUGCCUUAAUCUCUCUUUUAAGGUCAUUUUAUACAAUUUUAUCUCUAUGUACACAACUGUUAAAAAGUUUGUAAUCGGUAAGUUUAUAUUAUAAAAAUAUGAAGCAGCCCAACUGUUUUCAACACUGAUGAAAAGUUUCUUGGGCACCAAAUCAGGAUGAUUUCUGAAGAAUCAUGUGACACUGAAGACUGGAGUAAUGACUGCUCUGCCAUUGCAGGAAUAGGUUACAUUUUUAAACAUUAAAAAUAUAAAUUAGUUAUUUUAAAUAGUAAUAAUAUUUAACUUUUUUUUACUAUAUUUGUAAUCAAAUAAAUGAUUGGUGAGCAUAAGAGACCGCUUUCAAAAAUGUAAAAAAAUCUUACCGACCACAAACUUCUGAGUGGUAGUGAUGUUUUAAUGUUAUACAGCAAAUCGAACAACUCUAGUUAAUAUUUUCCCAUAAGACUUUGAUGAAAGAAAUUCUCUAAAAUGAACUUUCUUAACCUGUGUAUUCUUAGAUCACAUUAGCAGAUGCAGAUUAGCACAGCAGGUGCAAGAAUGGAAAUAGUGACUCAUAGCACCAUUUAAACCCUGAAUUCCUGUUUCUCUUAUACUUUAAACUAGAAACUUGUAAAAGUAGUGAACAGAGUCCUUAUACAAUGUAUGCAAUCUAAAUUCACUGACUUAACUUACUGUUAAAGGGUUAGUUCACACAAAUAUUAAAAUGAUGUCAUUAAUGACUCACCCUCAUGUUGUUCCAAACCCAUAAGACCUCCGUUCAUCUUCAGAACACAGUUUAAGAUAUUUUAGAUUUAGUCCAAGAGCUUUCUGUCCCUCCAUUGAAAGUGUGUGUACGGUAUACUGUCUAUGUCCAGAAAGGUAAGAAAAACAUCAUCAAAGUAGUCCAUGUGACAUCAGAGGGUCAGUUAGAAUUUUUUGAAGCAUCAAAAAUACUGAUUUUAUUCAGCAUUGUCUUCUCUUCUGUGUCUGUUGUAUAUGGUGAAAUAACCCUUUAAGUCUUCCUUCACUUAGGAUUUUAUCAAAGCAAAUCAGCAAGCUCCUGACAUUAACCACAUCAGGUCAUCACAUAUGCCUUCUUUUCUUAUAUUUAUGUGCAAUUUUUAUGUCUCAUCAGUAUUACUUUUUUUAAUGCAAGUGCCAGGUAUUUUAAUUCAAUAUUGUAGUUCAUCCCUGCCUGUGUUUUGAAAAAUAUCAGAAUUAAUACACCAGUUGAUAUGUCUGCAAUCGCACAGUGGAAGAAGAGCAUUCCAUGUAACAAAGAAUGCAGUUCUGAAAAUGUAGUUGUCACAUACCAAAGCCAAAUGCAUUAUUACAUUGUUGGGAUUUUUAAGAUGGAUUGUAAAUUAUAUUAUUUGUCACUGUCUCAAAAUAAUUUCUUAGAUUUUAAAGUGCCCCUAUUAUGGAUUUUUGAAAAUAACCUUUCAUGCAGUAACACAGCUCUAAAGGUUUCAAGUGAAUGAAAACAUCAAGUUUUAAAACUGAAAGUGCACCAUGUAUAAAGUCUCUCAAAAGAAAGAGUCGACUCUGAAUCAUUGAAACGAGUUGUUUUUAAAACGAAUCCCAAGCAGUUUCAUGUUGACGUCAACAUGAACAUUAUCAUACUGACCGCCCACUUGUUGGUCUUUUCGCUUUGGUCUGAAUGAAAAUGCUAAUUCAUUCUUUGCCACUAGGUGCUGCUUUUGGAGCGGUAAAAAUACACUGUAAAAAAUCUGUGACAUUUACGGUAAAAUACUGGCAGCGGUGGUUCCCAGAACUUCACCGUUAUAAAUAUGGUAGCAAUAUUUUAGGAUUUACAGACUUAACUUAAAUUCACAAUAAAAAAACGUAUUUAAUUAAAUGAUGUAAUGUUAAUAAACCAUCAUAUUAAAGUACUAAUAUCUGUUUUGAACCAUUGUAAUCUCAUCACAAACAGCUCUUUCAUAAACUGAGAAGAAAAAAAAAAAUAAAAAAAAAAAAAAAUAUAUAUAUAUAUAUAUAUAUAUAUAUAUAGGUGCACAGUGUUAUUCACAGAAACACUAAACACCAUCAUGGUGAAACACAUGAUACUGAAAUAAUGCAAUCAACAUUAUUUAACAACUUUAGAUGUAAGAUAAAACCUUAAUGUACACAACUGAUGAGAAAAAUACUAAUAAGAAACGUUAUUUAAACGAAAAAAAUUUUAAAAUUACUUUUUCUUUUUCACUUCCAAAAACCGUGAUUUUAACAGUAUUUUACUGUAAAAUUAAAUUUUGUGUUAUCACAGUUAUUCACUGUAUAUAGUAUGGAAUCUUACUGAUAACCUAUUAACAGGUUUUUACUGUAGCAUUUUUACAGUCUUUUACUGUUAAAAACACAAUAAUUUUUUACAGUGUAACGGUUUCCCCGGUAACUCUGUGCACAAAGCAGCACUGCGCUCACAAACACUGCUUAUCAGGCAUUACAGGCAAGAUGACGUGAAAAUGAGACAAAUCGGACCAAUCACUUCAGAUUAGAGUCACACAAAGGAGGGGUUUUGAAAAAUGAAUCAUUGAGCAAAUUAUUUGAGAGUCGUUGAGCAAGUAAGGUAAAGAUAAAUGCAAAUUAUAAGACAGUGAAAGUGUUUUUUGACCUCACAUGCAUGUCAACAUGUUGGGAACUUGCAAAACCAAAAUAUAUAACCUUUCAUUACCUAUGAUAGGGGCACUUUAAUGACAACUGGCCAAAACUAAAUCUAUGAGGAACAAAAACAAAGAUGUGAAUGCCUGAAGCAACUGAGGUGAGGCUUGCACAUAAAGGUGAUUUUUCCCAAUAAAACCUUUCAGAUCUUA